GUUUUAGUUGGUUCAUUCUGAUCGUUUAGACGAAACCAACUGUAAAAUCAGGAAGUAAAGGGCGGUGGUUGACUCGCUCCGGGAUAGCUGACGAGUGUUUUGUCGUUGUAAGAUUUAAAAAAGAAACCACCCUUCACGAUGGCUAGCAAAAAGGCUAAGGUCAAGUCCACAAAGAAGCGCCCUCAGCGCGCCACUUCCAAUGUCUUCGCCAUGUUCGACCAGUCCCAGAUUCAGGAAUUCAAGGAGGCUUUCAACAUGAUUGACCAGAACCGGGACGGGUUUGUGGACAAGGAGGAUCUCCACGACAUGCUGGCUUCCCUGGGAAAGAAUCCAAAUGAUGAUUACCUGGAGGCUAUGAUGAAUGAAGCUCCAGGACCGAUCAACUUCACGAUGUUCCUCACGAUGUUUGGAGAAAAGCUCAACGGAACAGACCCCGAAGACGUAAUACGGAACGCGUUUGCUUGUUUUGACGAAGAGGGAACAGGUUUCAUCCAAGAGGAUUACCUCAGGGAGCUGCUCACAACAAUGGGGGACAGGUUUACAGAGGAGGAGGUGGAUGAGCUCUUCAGGGAGGCCCCUAUUGAUAAGAAGAGUAACUUCAACUAUGUGGAGUUCACGCGCAUCCUAAAGCACGGCGCAAGGGAUAAGGACGAUUAAGGAGUCACAUCAAACCCGCCCGCCCCGCCUGUCUGCCGUCAGCUACAACACCGUGCCACAAACCUCCACUCUCCAAACAAACCAAAGCAAUAACUGUUCACACUGUUUGCUGUAAUUGUGCCUCUGCCAGAGGUUCACAUCUGAAUAGUUUUGUUUAGAACAUCAUGAGCAGAUGUGAAGUAACCGAAUUUUGGAAGCUCCAAGGGAUAUAAAUAUGAAACUCAUGCAAUCAGGUUUAGCUGAAUUUAUACAUGAAUGACUUUUUGAAUAAAGCCCUUUAUUAAGUUGUAUUUUUGCUGACUGUUUCUCUUCCAUAAAACACAAUCUGAAAGUU